AAUUAACGCGAUUUCAGCUGCAAUAAAUUGUCGGUACCUAUUAACAUUCGCGAGUAUAGUCAGCGUGUAUGUACCCGUAUGAAUUAUUGUUGAACGAUUUUUGCGGUUUUGCGUAUUUUCCGAGCAUAUGACAAUAGCAUAAUAAUGGUCACGUGGCAUUUUAUUUUUGCGGUUUUCUUCGCGAUGACCGUGCCGAAAAGAGCCCACGCUACCGUGUUCGAUUUGACACACGGUUACCGUAACUACACUACGACUUGUUGGAGUUCUCAAGAACACUUCAAAGUGUUUGACCAAAUAUUGAAUACCGAACCUAACAAUUGGUACGUCUCGGAAAGCAUUUCGUUAAGCGAGCAUUGCGGUACGCAUUUAGACGCGCCUUUUCACUUCAAUCCCGACGGAUGGAAGUUGGACGAAAUCCCGAUAGAGCGCCUGUUCGUUGAAGGUAGUGGGAAGGUCUUACGUACAUUCUUACUAUUAUUUACGGGUGAGACAGAAAUAUUUCUAUAUCGUCGAAUUAUUAACCGCAGGUGUGCACGUGAACGUCAGCAGCGAAGUCAACGGGAACGGUGACUUUUUACUGACCGCUGACCAUUUGAAAGCGUGGGAAACGAUUAACGGUCCGCUGCCGUAUCGUUGUGUCAUAUUGGUGAACUUUGGAUGGGCUCAUAAGUUUGGUGAUCGUCAAUCGUACUAUGGCUCGUCAGAGAGUCCAAAAAGGUACCAAUUCAAAUUAAACAAUUUUUGCUACAUAUAUAGUAAUUGUCAAAUGGAAACUACGUAAAAUCUUGUCAAGUCAAAAUGUAAAAAAUUGAUCAAAAAUAUGUUUUGACAAUUUUACGACUUCCAAGUACGGUUAACAUAAGUUUUCUGUCAAAAUCUCCGUUCCUUAAGGAUAUUUUUAAAUUUAAUUAAAACGAACAUAUUUCGCACGAUGUUAUAGGCGAGAAGUUGGGAAGGUAGGAUAUAUAGAGUGGAAUUUAAUUUUUAUCUGUACGCAACGAUAAACCAUUGGGAGCAAAGUUUGAUUACACACGUUUUGAAAGGCCGUGAUAUUUACAAUUUUCGUCAGUAUUUGAUAUUAAAAUUAAUAUAAACAAAAAAAAAAAAAUUACUACAUUAAACUCGGCUUUUUCUUAUUGACCAUUAAGUACGACUUAUAAUGAAUGUCCUGUUAAAUCUUCAAGCAUUUCUGUUUAUUUUAACAAUUUUAUCCACAGAGUACCCACUAAAUCAAAACCACGUACAAAACUAGCAAAAUUAAAAUGUCUUUUUAUAGCCAAAAAAUUAACUUAAAUGAUUUAAACAUUUUUAUCGCGUUUAGAAGAGGUAAAUUUAAGUUUGUUGUAUACGUUUCAUGUUUCUACGAAUAUUUUUAACUGAAUUACAAUAAAAAAACAAAAUUGAGAGUAAUAAAAGCAUUAUUUUCGUAAAUUUUCCCAUUUUAUCUACGGUUUUUCUCGGUUUUCUUCAAUUAUUGUAAAAACAUUUCUGAAAAUAAAAAAAUGACCUUCUCGUUGCACUAACCAGAUAAAAUUUCCUUCCAGAAAAGUUGUUUAUAUUUGAUUCGUCGGAUCAAGUUAUCUGUUUGAAAAGUUGUUCAUAGAUAUAAAAAUAAAGAAGAUAAAUACGCAUUAUAGUAAAACCAAAGUAUUCCUUGCUCCUUUAAAUUUAAAAUUAAGUCACAAAAUUUCACAUUAUUUUCCAAUUAAUGCAGAUAAAGUUAUUUUGGUUCAAUACAAAUGUUUAAAUGUUCGAGACGAAAAAACGGCAAAUUACAAUUCGAUCUGUGUAAUUAUAAAUUAAUACAAUUUUCCAUUACAUUUUAUCACUCAAGCAUAAACACGUUUAUCUGACAUUUUCUCAGAAUCGUAUUUCGACGAUUCAUCAUUGCGUACAGAUAUAAAUUAAAUUGCCUUACAUUUUUCCAAAUUUUUCGGAAUGAUACUUUAUAGAUGUCCGGGAUUGUCGAAAGACGCGUCGCAGUGGAUCGCCGAUUCUGGAAAAGUGUUCGGCAUCGGUGUGGACGGCCCGACCAUCGACGCUUGUAAUUCCAGUUCGUUUGACGCGCACAAAAUAUUUGCCAAAAAAAAUUUGUACAAUCUGGAAAACGUCGCUUUGAACGGUACCAGUUUGCCGUCCAGAGGAUUUAAACUCAUUGUCCAGCCGAUCAAGAUCAUCGGGGGCACCGGCGGACCAGCGAGGAUUUUUGCGUUGAUACGACGUUAUGAAUCUUAACCCAGUCUAUUGCUGUUGGGUCACCUAUAACAGCAACACUAAUCGUAUUCAAAUAUGAGAUAAUAUUAUACGCAUUCUGUGCGCGAAAAAUCAAUUAAUAUAGUUUUUACGCGUCUAUAAUAAUAAAUAGAGUAUUUGUAUUCGAUAUUUGAAAUUGUGAAAUAUAAUAUUUUCGAAACGACCGUU